ACCAAGGAGCCCUCGGCACGGUCUGCGUCACUUGGUCUGUGGCAGCAACGCAAGCAAGUGUGUGGUAGCACGCGACAGGAAGCGCGCGCUUAUCGCGGCUAAAACUACUCGGACUAAAAAGGGCACACAAUCGGCCACAACGGAUUCGAUUCGUUGCAGGUUUUAAGCAUUCGCUGUGCUGUGUUUAGUGUUGUGUUUCGUUAUGCUGCUGCACCCAGCACGAUCUUGGGAAACAAUCGUUUGAAUGUAUUUCUAAACUAAUCUAACGACAGCGUGCGUUUUCUGUAGAUCGUGAAUAGCAACGGUGAACAACAAGCAGAGGCAUCUUUAAGUGAAACGAUCACAAUUGUGCAGAAUUCUGACAAAUUGUCCCAGAACAUCGUCCUUAUCAGUAUCAAUUAUGCAAACCAUCGGCUACAAUGAGCGAUUUUUCGUCGACAAUUACUCCACCAUGGACGAGGACGAUGAGCUGUAUCUGAGCUACGACUGGUCAUCGGACGCGAUGUCGAUUAAAAGUGCCGGAAGUGACUCAAGCAAAUCGGAUGACAUUGACCAGAACGGCGAGCGGCUCUCGUUGGCUUACGAACGAUUGUCACAGAUCCCGCGCAAAAUCGCCGAGAAGUUCUCCCGCACGACGACGAUCCUCGAUUUGAGCUACAAUGAAAUCAAAGACCUCUCCUUCCUGACACACUUCCGGCAGCUGAACACACUCAUCCUGGACAAGAACGUACAGCCGGACGAGCGAACGCUACCGACCCUUCCCAACCUGGAGCUGCUCUGGCUCAACCACUGUGAUAUCAUUAACCUGCAGAACUGGAUCUAUCGCAUCCGCGAAUGCUGCCCCUCGCUCAAGUACCUAUCGCUGAUGGGUAACCCGGGUGCGACCUCCUCCUUCAACGGCAACUCCACGCUCGAACACAACGACUACCGGCUGUUCGUGAUCAGUAUUCUACCGCAGUUGCGCUACCUGGAUGACGCAGAAGUGACUGCCGCCCAGCGUACGCAGGCGAAAAGCUUCAAGCACAGCUACAACCUUAACCAGGGACCGUACAACAUCUUCGAGACGGUAGGGCGUCGUCAGCAGCCGGUACUGCUGCCAAGUGGGGUCGAUGCUCUAACCACAACACCACCGGUAACAGCAACAGCAACGGUUAAGACAACGCCAACGACGACCUCGACGGUAACAUCAACCUCUAAGCAGUCACCAGCAGCUUCAACGAAGGUGUCCAGCACAGCGCAGAAGAAACCCCGAAAGCGUCGCAACGGUGCCACACAGUCACAGGGAAAUUCGUAAUUACCUUCCCUACACGAGGCACGGAAGGUGGCUAGAGUUGCAAGGUGUGCUUCCAUUUAUUUUUUAUAAUAAACAAUUGACCUCAAAGCAUUAUACGAAUGCUUUGUGCACGAUUACAGCAAAAACAUAAACAACGCCAAACUGUUCGCAUUAUUAGGAAGAUUGUUUUGAGAACGAUCACGUAGCGUGACCCCUUGUGGUUGGGCUAGAUAGGGCUCUAGUCUAGCUGCCCCUGCUUGGAGCUGGAGCUGUGUCUGUGUGUGUUAGAGAGCGUUUUGUGGUCACCGGUCAAUGUCCCGUGGCGGGGAGCAGUUGGGAGCUCUGGCUAAGAAAGUUCUUGAUUGUAAAUGACGUCAAUCGGCUGUUGCUGAUUGUGCUUUGAGUUUGUGUGCAGCAGUCGUCGCUCAUCUGGCAUCUGAUAUUUCAUCGCACUGGUCACCUUGGUGGUGUAAUCGAAUCCACGCUCUGCUCGAAGUGGCCCCGUGUCCCGCGAAGGGAACAUCCCGAAGUGCCCUGGCCUCAUCGAUCCACAGGUGAGAUUGAAGGGGGGUUUUGGUCACGUGCUGGGUGAGAGUACGGCGCAGUUAGCCGGAGGUUCGGGGAAGUUCCAGGGAAGUUGCUAUUUUUAACAAGAAAGGGCACAUGAUGUGCAUACGCCAUGCACGUCGGGUGCAUCCAUUCGGGUGCUCACUACUACCGUUGGCAUUGAAAGCCGACGCAACCCGAACUGGUCCCAUUAUGCAAGACGCGUGUGCUCACGUGUGGCCCUGAUGUACGCGUGUACUUGGUGGACGACUCAUCGGUAGCGCAGCAGGAAGGGUAGAUUUUACCGAUUGAUACCGGUUUUGCAAUUGUCACACCGUGGAGUGCUGAUUUUGCUAGAUUGUGGAGUAACAAUAGACCACGAACCCGGAGGAAGCGAACGGGUACAAACCCACAGGGGGAAUUAGCACGAUCGAAAACCAUGUUGUCAUCUUCUCUCUACCUCCAAGAGUGUGCCUUUAAUUCGCGCCUGACUGCUAACUGAGAGUGGACAGACAACCAGUCCAAAACGAAUCCUCGGAAGUGACUGUUUGCCUAAAAUUAUCAUUAAUUUUUGAGCGACUAAUAAUAAAAAAAACCAUCUAAUCAAUACAACUGUGCUGUUGAUACCAAAUAAGCGCUCGUGUAGUAUAUGAUCGGACAUUUAUGUCCACCACUGUCCUCAGCCGAUUGCUGUAAAAUUCCACUCAACCCGUUGUACAGUGUUGCCAACAUUUGAAUUACAAAGUGGUCAAGCAACGCGCCUGUAUCGGGUCGUCUGUCUGACCAUAUAUCCCAAUAGAUACAUCGAUCCGGCGUGAUAACCGUGAUCUACCCGCAUGCCAAAUCCGCGAUCCGUGCAGUGCGCGAUCAUGUGCUUUGCCCUUCGCGUACCAGAUGCGCGCGAGAGCGUGUGCCCUUCAUGUGCAACUGCGAUUCGCGACCAGGGGGCCUUUUGUGUGUACCCGAAUCGAUCGAUCGAUCAAUACCGCGAUCACUACCCAUCUAAUGGUAGUGCUGGUGGUGGUGGUGUUGGUGGUAGAGCCGCACGAGGUUGUGUUUGUUUUGCGUUAGACGGAGCGCGCAAAAACACGCACACAAGCGCACAAGUGACACCACACCAUGCUCGAGUCGGGGCCGAGCCAGUCAGUCGAAACGCAAUCGAGAAGAAACAAGGCAAGCAUUUCGGUUUGUGAGGCCGUUGCGGUCGUCCACGCGUGCUCCCGAGGUGGCGUAACCUGAGGUGAUUUGAGAUUCAAAAUUUUACAGUUGUGCUGCUGCUGUGUGUAUGCGUGUGUGUCACCCUAAGGGAAAGGGAAAAAGGAGAAGGGGUCAAAGGUGCGGUUUGGCAUUUGCUAAUCGAUUUUUAAACUACCGGUGACCCGUGAUGAAAGUAAUAGCAGACCAAGACCUGUGGUGUGGUGUGCCGUUGUGACCUAUUGAAAUCCAUCCAGUGCAAGUGCAAGUGCGUGUCUGCAAAUGCAAAUUUACAGUGAGAGGCGCCUGUUGUUUUUUGUGUUCUACAACCAACGCCACAGUAACGCGGUAAAAGGCGCACGAGGCUUGACAGCGUGACCGCAGCAGCAGCAGUGUCGUUUGUGUUGUGCCAGCUCGUGCAAAAACAAGAAAAGCCUUUCGGUGGGGUUGUUGAGUGGCGGAGGGUUAGGGGGUUUUGGGGGAGAGCGGAAACCGGUUUUUUCAGCCACCCCGGAGACAGCCCUUUCGAGCCCUUUUCUGGCAGUAGUGUCGACUCCCCCCAGCUCGUACGGGGAUCCAGUGUGUCAAUCUCGGGCAGACGUACCGCAGCCAUUAGGAAGCGAAAACAAACUAAAAACCACUCACAAAAAAAGACGCAACAAACAAACAAAACGAAUCAAACACGCACACACAAACUGUCUCGAGUGCGCUCUCGUUGUCUUUCUCUCUCCCUCCCUUCCAACACGCAACAGACGACCGGAGUGCGUGACGUAAGCGCGAACCCGUGUGUGCGCGCCAACCCGUUCGCGAGCAACCGCGCCCGGUCGCGCAAAACUGUGCGACGCGUCGUUCGUUGCGGCUGUGUCUUUUCGCUAGUGCGAUAUCCAGGUGUGUGUGGUUGUUUUUCCUAUACCUCAUUCAUAAAACAUCGGCCGAAUUGCGUGGCUAGAGACGAACGCCAGUGUGUAGUGUUGUUGCGAUCGAAUGAUCUAAUGGUGAAGCAAGCUGGAGAAGAUCAACUUCCUCUCUGUGGCGCACAGAUCGAAUACACUCUACCGGACCACCGUACCCGCUGUAGCUGAAAGUCGUUUCAUACGUCCUGGACCCCGGCGAGGACACAAGUGACCUCGCUCGACCUAACAAAAAAAAAAUCAAACUUCUCGUGCCACACGCUUCACUAUCGCCACUAUCAGCAAAUUGCAAUUUAUGUUGUCGAAAAUCUAGCCCCCCCCCCCCCCCCC